AUGGCAAUUACACAAGAAAAACAAUGGAGUCGGUAUUAUACUAACAGAGGUUAUGAUGGAAUUAAAGUUCAUUAUCGCUGCAAUCAAGUACAAUUUCGUGGAAAACAAUGUAACGCAGCAUUAUAUCUACACUAUCCAAAUGAUACCGAUGAAGUAGUAUUAUUUCGUGGAGCAAAUGAACACGAUCAUACAAAUUCAAUUCAUCGCAAGGUUUUUCCUGAAGAAGCAAAAGAAAACAUUGAAGAAUUAUUUGAUUUACGACUAAAACUAAAGAAGAUACAUCAAGUAUUACAGGACAAAAUUUUUAGGAUUACAUUUAAUCAACUAAAAAAUUAUUUGGUUCGAUUACGUAAAAAGAAAUUUGGUCCUUCAACUUUAAGUUUGGGAGAAUUGGAAUCUUUAUGUAUUGAAAAAUAUACAGUACCACAAGCUGAUGAUGAACCGUUUGUUCUGUCAUAUAAUGUUACUUAUGAAGAUGACGAUGAUGAUGAUAACAAAUUUAGGUUUUUAUAUCGACGAAAAGGUUAUGGAAAAUUUCUUCCACGUCAACACGGUUACAUGCUGACGCUACUUAUAAACUGA